AUGUUCAAACCAUGUGAGAAACAAUUGGUUCUUUCAACACAGGCUGAAGUUUCAUCUCAAGUGGAACGGUCAAAUAAAUUCCCGAAUCACAAAAAGUUAGAGAACAAAAUAUAUUAUGUAGGAAAAGAUCCAAAGGAGACUCAUCAAGGUACAAUUCCCUACAACAACGUAACAGAAAGUUCUCAAACAACAGUCCUGGCAAACUUCAUAGUGUCCUGAAUAAUCCAUAGUCUAUGAUUUUCUAAUGCUUUCAUGCAACACCAAAUAGGUACCGCAAAGGACAAAAUACCUCAGGACAAUGCAAAAAGCGACGAUAAAACGGUUGACAAACACGAUGGAAAUUUAGGUGCGUAACUUAACUCAGGAGUCGGCAUGCAGGCCAAGCGAAGUUCAACUUAUCAAAACCGUUCAUACCAUUCUCUUUAGUGUUCUACCAAACUGAGCGAACACAAAAAGAAAAGGCACGAAAAAAAACGUCAAUCCUUCUCAAAUCUACUCCAAACAAUGUACUCAACGUUGGAGAUGGUCUGGACUUAGGUACUACAUAUCCUAUUCACAAAUGCCAUUCAACAUAGAUCAACAGUCCACCUUUUUUGAAUGGCUUAAGAAAAUGUUCUUCUUUUGAAAUAGCACGUGCCUCUAUUCUGCCAAGACGAUCUUCACCAUCGAUUGUGACCUCGUGUGUUGGCAACCAAGUCACAUUGAAAUGCGCAGCAGAAGGAAACCCCGCCCCAGAAUUCACUUGGUAUAAAGGAAAACAGACAGUAAAUAAAGAUAAAUCAGCGGAAUUUGAUUUGAAGAUCGCACCAUCCAAGUUCACAAGGGCAAGUCAUCUUACUUUCACACCAAAUGGAAAAGAUGAUUUUGGAGAGUAUCAAUGUGCAGCAAGCAAUACGUUAGGAGCCACACAACAAAGUACCCAUAGGAUUGUACUUAGUGAUAAAGGUACAAACCACCAGUAUACCAUCAUUAUCAUUACCAUCAUUGCCACUAUCACCAUAUCAUGAUGACCAUCAUCACCGUACCAUCAUAUCACGUUACCACUGAUAUCUACUAGUUCUAUACCGUACAUCGGUGUAUCAAUACUCUUUAAAUCCAAACAUUUCUUCGACCAGGAGAGCCACUAUGCACUCAAAGCACGUUCAACAGAGAUAAAAAGAAGUAUAAUUCCAUUAUCGUCGGCACUGUGGCUUCCGUGGGAAUGCUUCUUGUACUCCUCUGCAUCGCUGGUUUUGUGUUCUGGCGAUUGAAUCAACAAGAGGCUGAUUGUAAGUCCAAAUAA